CUUCGGCUGCCGCGAGCGUGCGGGAAACAGGCUGCAGGCCGCAAUGGGGGUGGCAACUCCAUGGCUUCUGCACAUCUUCCUAGGGAUUGUAGCAGCUAGCUGGGUGGAGACCAUCAACCAGGCAGGGAUGCAGACAACAUUGUCGCAAAUGAUGACCAAAGAGUUUCUGCUGAUAUCUCGGGGCACCAAGGUCAGCAUGUAUAAAUCCAUGCUAUUUUCAAGCAUGCAGAGGUUCAACUCCACUUUGCAUGCCCUGAGGGUGGGAGACGAGAGCCGAGGCAUCCUGGCGGCUCCAAACCAUCAAGUGGUUGCUGCGCUCGAUGCCGUGCAAGAUGUUUGGGGGCCCAUGCAAGAGCUGUUAAACAGCAACGUGGACAGCGUGCGACAUGCUGAUGGUUCCAUUGACAUGCAAGUGCUUGAAGAUUUGUCGAGUCGAAACGUGCCCUUGCUGGAUCGCUCCAAUGAGGUGGUCCAAGCGAUCUCUGACGCAGCGCAAGUGUUCGGCGCCACCACAAAUGGCCUGGUCCAAAACAUUGCUGGGCGCCAGCGGACUCUGAUUCAACGCUUGGCCGAGGGCGUGCUGUUACUGGCACAGAACGUGGCCAUGUCAAAGAAUAUGGUGGCCUUUCAAGACACCAAGAUCCUCUUUGAAGAGUCACACCACGGAAUCAUCGAAGGAGUCCCUUUCGCUGGACUCCCAGUACUAGACAAGUUAUGCACCAUCCACCAGAUGAGCGAGGUGAGUUAUUUCUACGCAAAGCUCAGACCACUUCUCAACGGCGUUAGCAAUGCGGACACGCCCUCCAAAAGUCAAGCUGCGGCCGACGCCGUGGCCGAGGAGGUGGUGGAGCUUGUGGAUCCCCUGUACGUCGCCAUGGUGGAAGCCGUGGACCUGUAUGGUCACGACAGCGGCAAUUGCGACCCUGUCAGCUCCAUGACGGAAGCUGAGUGGAGCGAAUUCCUCACCACCUUCGCUCACCAACAGCUCUGGACCCAACAGGCCACCCAAUAUUUUGUGCAGGUUGCAAUGAAAGUCGAUAUAAAGACCAGCCAGGUGGAAAUUACGGUUCUGAAGUCAGAAGCGACCUUGAACCUUCGGCGCCUCAUUGAAGGGAGCAAGAUUUUGGGUAUUCCUCCGCCACCCACUCCGGAAGUGGUGGACCACCUAUUAAAAGCGGCUGAGAUUUGGAACACCUUGGAAUCAGAACUGGACGAGGGAAUUCACCUGGAAAGCAUCUCCGAGGUGACACUUGAACGGGUCGAGCUCUUAAGCCACAAGCUGCUACACGAGCUGGAGCUGGUGAUGGAAGAGUGUCUACCUCUUUUGGUCAACAGCACUGUGCCAGUCUAUGCCAUGGACUUGGCAGAGCAAUUGGCAAGAUUGGCCUCGAUGAUCGUCGAAGAGGCAUUGCUUAUCCAUCACGGUCAUGCAGUUGAAGAGAACUGGCAUUAUUUGAAUGCAACGCGCGAGGUCUUCAAUUUCAACCGCUGGACGUUGCUUCAUGGAGCCCCUGCCACAACUACCAGGCCCAAAGUUGAGCAAGUGUCUGAUGUGUGCAUUGUGCAACAGAUGAAGCGUGGAACCGAUCUUUACCGCGUCCUGGAGGAAAAGGCGCUGGCUGUGGCCUUUGGCGACCACGACGCGCUCGAGCCUUUGGUGCAACUGGGUCCCACUGCGGUGGGUGCCCUGAAUGAACUGGCGCUCUCCUUCUUCCGGGGCAAUGGCUCGUGCAGCAACAGCUCCAUGGCACCGGAGCAAUGGAUCCAGCUACACAGGCAGGUGGCGCAGCUGUCCGACACCAGCGCCGAGUUGGCGGUGGAGCUGGUCCUGUUCCAACAGGGCUUGAGUCCCAACGACGAAAGAUUAAACGCACUGAUGGAGGAAGUCGAUUCAGCCUUGACUCGGGUGAUGUUUGGUUCCUUCGAUCCACCAGUGCCGGCACCUCCAGACCAAAUCGACUUCAACGAGUUGCUGCUGUACAUGGAGCCCUCUGUGAAGGAACUAAAACGCUUGUCCAUCGCGAACGCCUAUCAAGGGAAUCUGAGGGCCGCACUUGCGGCAGAGGAUCAGUUGAUGGAGCACACCUUGGUUUUGCAGGAACAUUUCAUGAAGGAAGCCUUGGCCAUGGAUCCGACAUGGCCCGGAGAGCGGGUGGAUUUGGCUCUGCGACAAAUCACGCGGGUGAGACAGGUCUUGAACGAGGCUUUGCUCUACACCCUGGGCCUCACCGACUCGCAGGAACGAUUGCAAGCAGUGACAGAAGCGUUUCAAGCCGGUCAUGUUCAUUUGAGGGACGGCGGAGAUCGCGUUCCAAAGAUUUUGCUGCCGGAGCGUCAGGACAUCCUUGAUCAGUGGCUUAGAGUAGAUAGUGCCUGGAUAGAGUUCCAGCAACAGAAGCAGGACAUGACAGCUGAUAGCGUGACGAAGGUUGAAGCCUCGUUGGGAAGACUGGUUCUCUCCCUGAAAGCUCUGGUCUCUGUCCUUGCCGUGCCAGACGUCGAGGAUGAAGAUGGAUUUCCUUGGGCCGUGAUUAUCUACAGCAGCAUUGGUUUCCUUUUCCUUUGCGCUUGUUGUUGCUUCUGCUGCAAGAUCAAGACGAGAUCCAAGGGCCAGUCUGAAAAGAAGACCACCACAAAUGGUGCGGCUGUUUCAGAUCAAGUUUGAAUCAACCUUGGAUGUCCUUCAAAAGAUUU